AACCACCGACGCACAUGGCAUGUUGAUGUUAUAAGGCUUUUGCAAGUGUGAUUUUAAAUCAUUUGUUAUUUCGAAUUGUGUUUGUUUAGACGAAAUUUUGUUUGUGUUGGACAGAUGUUUUGACCGUUGUGUUUAUAAAUUGGACUUUAGGUAUUUUAUUGGAAACUUUAUUCACUUAAUGUGAAUUUAAAGAAUUGUUGUUUCAGUGAAAUAUUAAGUGUGAGUUAUUGUUAACAAUACGAACUGUGAUUACAAGUAAUACAUCACGCGCUUAUCUAGCUAUGGACAUGGAGUCGGUGCUUAGCGAAGCCAGACGGGCUUAUCUGACGAGUAGCGAGUUUAACGGGGUCCGUUCGGACGGACAGACUGAUGAGUUCUUUACGGACAUGCCCAGGAAAGUUACGUGCGACGAAAUACCUGACAGUUCUGGAAGUUCGGACGACGUGCUUGACGAGCUUCACGACGUCAACAACAACAAUAAUCUUAACGAAGACGACGCUGUGGUAGUCGAUGACGUCACGGGGGAGAAGUCGAAGGCGCGAAGACGGAAACGCCCGAUCCCUGCCGGAAAGCCUCCGUACAGUUACAUAGCGCUGAUUAGUAUGGCGAUCGCAAACUCUCCAGAGCGGAAGUGCACCCUGAACGACAUCUACAAGUUCAUUACAGACCGGUUCCCAUUUUACGCCAAGCACGCGAACCAGAAGGGCUGGCGUGGAUCCAUCCGGCACAACUUGGCGCUGAACGACUGCUUCAUGAAGCUUAGCCGGAAACCAGGGAUGAAGGGGCACCACUGGGGAAUAGACCCAGACUACGAGGACAUGUUCGAUCACGGCAGUUUCCUUCGUCGCAGAUACAGAUUUAAGAACGGUGCGAAGAAGGAGAAGACAUCGAACCCCGCAGUACCGGAAGCUCUUGGGAACCCGCACUUCGGAUACGGUAGCGCGCUUGACAACGGUCAUCCGAUCUUCGCCGGUAUUUCCGACUUUCUGCAGUCGACGACCGUCCAGAAGUCUUACAAACCGGAUGUGGCGAUACCAGAUCGUCCUCUGAGUCACGGCGUCGACACCCCGGUGAACGCCUGGCACUACCCGUACAUGGCGAACUUCUACCAGCAGCAGUACUUUCAGCAGCAUCUGCACCAGGAGCAGCAGCUUCCGUAUCCAGGGAAAUACGAUGAGUCUCUUUCGCCUUUGUCCAGGAACGAGAUGUCACCCGAAAGCAGCGAGUGUACGAGUUCACCGGAACUGCACUCGUUCAACUCCGGAAACUUCCGAUCUGCUUCUACGGCGUUGCCUCAACAUCCGUUUCCGGUCCAGAAUUCGUCACAGUUCGCUGCGUUUGGAAGCCAAAGAAGUGAUGGACUUCAGGCUUCGCAGAUGCCCCCUCCCGCAUAUCCUCUCUACCUCUGGGGAAACUGCCACGCGUUCGGUGGCAGCUACGCACCGGAUGUGAAGCCCAGUGGUUAUGACAUUCCGGCUCAAUCGACGCAGUUUUCGACCCAAGGGUUGUGGAGUGGUGUGUAGUUUCGAAGCAAGUGCGGAGUAAAUAAGCAACUUACAUUAUCGUAUUUGUUUAAAAAAAUGUGAAGUUUUGAAACUAUUGCAUUGUUUUACAAUUUGUGUAUAUACAAUGUAUAUUAAUUAUGUUGCGUUCAAGAUAACAUUGAUUUGUAAAGGGUUCCAAUUGUUGAAUGAUAUUUUUUAAUUGUAUCUGUAAGAAGGUAAAGUAACCUUAAUAGUGAUUAUAAUGAAAUACUCAAUUUGAUUAAUAUCAGCACAAUUGUUAUUGUUUUCACAUUGGACGAUUAUUCUUUAUCAAUACAAAAACAUUCAUCACAUUAUUCCUCGCAGUUUUCCAAACAGAGAAUCCCCAAAUCUGCGCUUUAUUUUCGAUUUCGUUUCGUUAUCAAAGAGCAUAUUAAACGGGUAUUCGCCUAUUUAUGAAUGUGCUUGAGAAAACCAAAUAAUAUGUAGGUAAAAACUAGGUGACACAUGAAAUUCUUUCAAAAUUGCAUACCGUUUAAUAAUUUGAAAGCAACUAUCAUAGGUAGAUAAGGUCAGCGUUGCUUGUACCUACAUAUUAGUUGGGUUUUUCUAAAGUUGAUGCCAUCCGAAUGACAACUAUUUUGCUUGUUAACAGCAUACCCUCCGUCUUUUAUUCAAUGAACAAUGAAUACCUUACUGAAUUAUUCAUGGCGACAUAGUAUCGCUUAUAAAUAUCCUUAGUCCUAUUUCCUUUUAUUUCGUUGUCCUAAAAGGAAUUAUAGGACACUUGGUUAAUUAUAUUUUUUGUCUUUACGAUGCUUUAAGUUCUUGUGCUUACUUUCAAUGAGUAACAUUUGAAACAUUGACCCAAUCAUUUGAACAGAUUUGUUAACAAAUUUAAAUUGAUGUUUUAGUGAAAAGAAACAAAUGUAUGUGUACACUGGAAAUGUAUAUGUUUUAAUUAAUGUUUCUGCUGUACGAUAAAAUGUUAAUAUAAUAUCAUACAAUGUUUUAUUUAGCUGUUAACCCUUACAGUGCGGGAACCGAGUUGUGAAGGCCUUUGCAAACAGUUUGGAUCCAGAUGAGACGCCACAGAACGUGGCGUCUCAUCUGGAUCCAAACUGUUUGCUAUUCUGAUAGUAUUCUUUGAAAAAAAAUCGAAGAAAAUGCUAAUUUUAGAAAUUCAGCAGACGACAUUUUUGCAGACGACAAAUUUCCCAGCAUGCAAAGGGUUAAUAAGGGUUAAAAUACUGCUUCAGCGAGCACAAAAAUCGAGCUGCACUGUGACUUGUAGAUAACAAACGUUUUGCGGUGAAUUGUAUUAUUAUUUGAAAAUUAUAUGGUCAUGUAUUGAUAUUAUUUAUGCAAACGGUGCUAAAUAUAUGUUUAAAGUUAA